AGCUGCUGAUGGGGGUGGCUACGGCGGUGGUGGUGGUGGUGGAGGGGGAGGGGUGCGGCGCAACACGGUGAGUCCGGAGGCCCCCUCCUUCUCGCCUCCGCCCCUCGCUCAGCCCAGGCGGGCAUGCACGGAGGCAGGAGACAGCACCGCUGCUGCCGCUGCUGCUGCUGCCGCACGACAGCAGCGCUCGCCGUCGGCUGCUGCAGCAACCCCCCAGGCUCCCUCCGGCUUCCCUCCUCCCGCUGCUACUGCACCUCCUCAUGCUCACCCCCCUCCGCAUGCUCCUCCUCCCGCCGCCCCGCCGGCUCACAUCAUCGUCAUCAGCCGCACCGCCGCCGCGGUUCGCGAGGUGGUGUGUGGACUGCUGGAGUGCGCGCCUCCCAGCAGCACCGUGGUCCUGGUCACACACCAGCAGCACCAGCUGCCCGGGGGGGUGGUGGGCUGCCAGGAGCUGCAGCUACAGCAGCAGCAGCAGGCGGACAGUGCAGCAGCAGGAGCUGCAGCAGCGGUGCCGUAUCUGAGGCAGCAGCUGUUGCCGCGUGCGGGCAGCGGAGCGGGAGGUGGCUGCAUCAGCAGUGGACCCGGAGGGGGAGGGGGAGGAGGGGGAGGCUGUGCGGCUGCUUCAACAAUAGCCUCAGCCGCAGCAGCCGCAACAGCAAUCAUGACGCCGCGUGGAAGCGGCUUGGACCUGUCCUCUUCGACCUCUGCGGCCCCUGCGUUACCUUUCCUGAUGGGGCCCUCAGCUGUGGGCAUGACGGGCCUGACGGCUGCUGCUGCUGCUGCUGCUGCUGCCUCCGCAACGGCAGCGACCCUCCGCAGCACGCUUGGUGUUACUGCUACAGCCACUGCUACUGCUACAGCCGCCAGCAGCACGGCAGCAGCAGCAGCAGCUGCUGCACCGCUCCAAGACCCUCCCACCGCCGGUUACAACAACCGACCCGCAACAGCAACCUACAGCGGCAUGCCACCAUUGGACGGUAACACAGCCAUCCCGAGCGCUGCCCUGCACUACCCUGGCACUAACGGUAACGGUACCGCUAACGGUAACGGUAACAGCACCCCCCCUGCCGUACUUCCCUGCCCCUCGUCCUGCUGGCCGGCGGGUCAGGAGGCGCUGGUGGCUGCGGGUCUUGCGGGUGCCUCCGCGGUGCUGAUAGCGCGGGACGGGGGGCUGCUGCCGCAUGAGGCGGAUGCCACGGCGCUGGCGGCGGUGCUGCAGCUGCACCACACCCUCACCGACCCCACCCGCUCGCCGAUCCGGCGGCCGCAGGGGGUGCAGCAUCAGCCGCAUGUGCGGGAGCGGCAGCAGCGGGCGACGUAUGAGGCGCUGCAUGCGGCCCUGGCGGCGGCGGCAGCGGCGCAGCGACAGCAGCCGCCACAGGAGGAGGGAGGGGAAGAGGGAGAGGAGGGCGGCCCUCCAUUGCCGGUGGGAGCAGCAACCGCAGAACCAGCCUCAGCAGCAGCAGUGGAGAAGGUGGGCCAACCGGGCAGGGCCAAUGCAGCUACCGCCGCAGCACCAGCCGCCGCCACAGCAGCAGCAGCAGCAGCAGCAGCCUUCACAGCGGCCGCCUCCUGCUCAGCCCCCGCGCCGCUGCAUGUGGUGGUAUGCCUGCACAGCACUCGCACCCGGGCCACACUGCAGCACUUCCUAGCGGGGCUGAACGCGCAGCCCCCCUUCACGCUGGAGGCCCUGGUAGCGGAGGAGUACCGAGCACUGCUGCUGGCGGGGGUGGUACGGCAGCCGCAGUCUCACGCCAUCAUGACCGACCUACUCAGCGACCGACCUGGCACCCCGGAGGUGAAGCUGCUGCCCCCGGAGCGCCUGCUGGCUGCAGCCGCCAGCCAGGGACUGACACUGCGGGGCGGGUGCUGUGGAGGCGGCUGCUGCAGUGGCGGCUGUGACAGCAGCUGCAGCGGCGGCGGCGGUGGUGCUACUGCCUGCCAGGAGGGACCCCGAAACCACGAUAAGAACGACAACAACCAGAAUAACAACAACGACGUCACAGCAGCAGCCUGCCACUGUCGCCGUAACGGGUUCGCCCCAUGUGGUGGCCAGCAGCAGCAACAGCUGUCAUGCUUGUGGCCCGCGUGUUGCCCGUCCGCCGGCUUCAGCAGGUUCAGGGAGGUGGCGGCGGCGGCGCGCGCGUGCGGCUGUACAGCCAUCGGGGUUUUGUACGGCAGCGGGG